AUCCAUGCAGCCUGAAAACAUGAGAUAAGAGCGCUUCUUCUGUCUCUUUAGCAGAGGGCGAUUUGGGCAUGGGGAUAAAGUGAGUCAUUUUAGUAAAUCUGCCAACAACAGUGCAGAUGGUGGUGUUACCUGCAGAGGGCGGCAGUCCAAUGACAAAAUCCUCUUCUGUGUUCCACGAAGCAGGUUUCACGGUAGAGGAGGGAUAGUGGGUACGAAAUCCGGGUCGUCGUGGAGAUCGUGCAGGAGGUGAGCUUCCUCAUUUAGUUAGCGGAGAUGAUGCUUUCCUGGCUUUCUCCCUCCGUCGCUCUUGCAGCCGAGUGUCUGUGCGUAUAGCCAAGGUGAUCAUACUGUCCAAAUCCGCCGGAAGAUCAAGAGGAACAAGAAGAUCCCGCACACAGUCACUGAGUCCGCUGAAAAACAUAUCAUAUAGUGCGUCUUCAUUCCAACCACUGUCCGUGGCCAAAGUGCGAAAAUCAAUGGCGUAGUCAGACACACUCUGAUUCUGCUGGGAGAUCUGUGUCAGGGCUCUGGCAGCUUCUCUCCCCGGUGUGGUUCGGUCAAAGAUUUUUUUUAUAGUCUCAGUGAAUAGUUGUAGUGAUUUACACACCGGAGACUUCCGUGCCCACUCCGCCGUAGCCCAGGCUUCCGCUCUUCCCGUGAGGUGGGACACAAUGAACGCCACCUUGGCUAGAUCGCUGGGGAAAGCAGCAGGCUGGCAGGUAAAAUGCAGGUCACACUGCGUUAGGAAAGGACUGCAAUUACCAGACUUGCCUGAAAACUUUGCAGGAGGAGCAAGACGAAUCAUGGAAGCUGGCAUGGGAAAAUCAGCUGUAGUCUCUGGGGCUGGGGCAGCCACGGCGGGAGGAGCGGCGGGCACACUAUCCAAACGUGUAAGUACAUUAUGGACCCGUUCAGCCAGGUGAUUGAUUUGCAUCGUAACCGCGCCACGAAACUCACUCUGGCUGUUAGUCAGGGUCAUUACUCCCUGGUUUAAGGCCUUCAUGUCCUCCUCCUGUUGCUGCAGGCGUUGAGCCUGAGAGCCGAGCGCUGCUCUCAGGGUUUGAGAGUCGGCUGAGUCCAGGGCACAGGGAACACACAGAAUAUAUACACAUACAAGGGACUCAGGUGCAAACAAUAAGGGCGGGGCAGGUCAUCAGGUCAGUGAGCAUAGUGACAAGGUAGGAGUCGAACUACCUGAAAUGAGAAAGGAAAUGACAAAGUAAAACAGGAAAUGGCAGACAACAAAAAGGGUUAGCAGACGCGGACUUGACAAUAUAAACUAAACAGAGAAAUAAUAUUAACAAAUCUGCCGAGACACAACAGUCAACAAAGUUUCAGUUUGCAGAAAACAGCAUCUAGAGCUAGCCAGUAGAAACACAAGUGUUACAUAGUGAUGUCACCACUUUAAGAAAUAAAACAAAGGAGUCCAAUUUGAGGCUUUUCAUGCAGGGAGGAGCAGUGUGUGGGAGAGAAACCCCCUCUGGAGGGAACUUUGGGAUUUUAGCCUUUUCUGACUUUUACAUGCACAGAAACCUAUAGAACACACUACAGGAGAGGGCAAAUCCUUUGUGGCGCUUUAAAGAUAACUUGGUACACUUUAUCCGUAAGAUUCUUUGUUGUCUCAGAUAAAAAAGAACAUUUCAUGGUGUGAAAUGCAGAUGUUUUGUGUAACAUGAGUCAUUUUCUGCUGAGGGUUUCUAAUCUUAGAUCCUCUCUGGUGUAAUGGACCACCCAUCAGCAUGGUGAAGACAGUUUUUAUUUUAAUGUAUCUUUGUCUGAUAAAUACCAAUUGUCAAGCAUAGAGUUUACAUUUCUAUACAGUGUCAGAUGAUGACACUAACAGUAUUAUCUAUUUUGUAUACUUACUUGAUUUUUGUACACUAGAAUUAUGAUAUAAAAAGCAAACAUAAAUAACAUAUUACUGUGAAAAUGUUGAUUUAAGAUCAUUCCACCUGUAAAAUGAUCAUGCUAGUUCUAUUCAAUGCUGCCGAGUUCAUGUCAUUCAAACCUGCAGCUCUGUGCAAGUGAAUGUCAUCUUAUCAUGAUGAGGUGGUCUUCUACAAACCAAAAUGCUCUUCUGCCUCUGUUUGGUCAUGUUGAAUGUCGCACUGCCCUGAGCUUCCACUCUGUCCAGUUGUAAGCAAAGCGAGAGUUUCCCAAGCCCCUUGGUGCCCUGGCGCAGGACACCCUCCCAGAGCUGCUCUCCCCCACCGGCUUGACUGCCUGCUCUUCUUGGCAGCCAAACAGCCAGGGGAGGAUCAAGAUGACCGGGCGGCUGAGAUAAGGGCAGCAUGAAGUUCCCCACAUUACCUCACCCGAUAAGGAAACCAGCGGAGAGAGAGAGGCAGGCUGGGAGGAAUCCUCUGAACGAACAGUGAUGCACAGAGAGGCAGACACACUUCGUUGGGUUUUUAGUGGUCUGGGUGGAACCGCUACCCACAGAGGCCUUUUGAAGUCGACAGAUGCUUGAACAUAAUGGUCCUCAGUAGAAAUAGAAACAUGUGCACAGACUUUUAAAAUGUCCUGGAUGUAAAGGAGACCUCAGACUAUUUGUUCUUUAGAGGAUUUACCAGAGCAGUUGGUGGAUGAUACAAACAUCUUCAACAAGGGAGAGCAAGCUUCCAUCCUGCCAAUUCAAAUAGACUGAAGAAAGUGAAAAAAAACUUGAGGAGAGUCUGCUUCAGCACUGAUGGCGGGAAAUCCUCUGGAAAGUCUUAUGUCGGUUUCAGCAAACCAUCAGCUUGUGUCCAACUCCGCCGCUCAGCCCUGGAGGCAGCAGCCUGGGAGGGGGGGCGGCCCAGCAUCCCCACACAGGCAGAGCACACGCAGGAAGUGGGCGCAGUCUGUGUUUGGGUCCAGGUUAAACUCUGGUUCUUGUGGCGAGUCUGCAGUUCGGUCCGGGACAAUGAGGGGUCAGCACUCUCCAGAAAAUGCAGCGCGAGAGAGGAGCCGUGUUCGGAACCUACGACAGGCCUUCCACAGCCUUCAGGCGGCUCUGCCCUCAGUCCCACCUGACACCAAACUGUCCAAGCUGGACAUUUUGGUUCUGGCUACUAACUACAUAGCUUUCCUGACGGAGACAUUGGACCAGGGACGGACGCAAGCUGAGCACACCUUGCCCUCCCAGCCGGGGGGAAAUCUGCAUCCUGUUAAGAAGUGGCCCAUGCGUUCCCUGCUCUAUUGUGGCAGCGUGGCAGAGCUGCUUUCAGGAGUCCCAGUCAAUCAGACACCUAUUCCCGGACAGGAUGGAACACACCCCCUAACCCCCCGCCAAGAAGUAAACAAAGAGUGAUAGCUAAGAGGGGUCAUUACUUUCCCCCUUCUCAAAUGUUAAUCAGCUGCCAUUGGGAGCAUAAGAAGCUUCUCCCUGAAGUAUGUCUUUAUCUGUCAGUAAGAAGCUUCCUUCCUUCUACAUUCACUGUAAUGUAAAUGAUAUUGCUUAGGUAGGCUCUGCAGUUUAACUUUAAGAACACAACAGCAAAAAAAAAAUCAAAACUUUUGAGCCAUCAAAAGUAAAAGGAAGGCAAAUAUUUACAUAUGUUGGAUGGAGAUGGACAAUAUGCAGUUACAAUCACAUUUUGAGCCAAGGCUGUUGAAAAAGUAUAAACCUUUUCUCAUUUCAUUAUUUCCUUCAAGAAUUGGCAACGGCUUCUUUUUCUUUAUUCCUGUGACUAUUAUGUUUGUAUCUGCAAAAGCCUGUG